UUCGAAUUAUUCGAGCCAUCGAUGGGCGGAGCCAAACAAAAGCGAAGCCCGCUGGAGGAAGGAAGAAGAGCCGAGUACAGGAUUUAGAGAAGUUAGAUUAAUCACAGUAGGGUGGUUUGUGUGUGUCAAUGGUUUUACAGGUGCCCCUUGAAGAACUAAAAUGAGACUUCGGUCUCAGAGAACCCUGCGGGUUAACGCUACGUCUGGCUCGGAGACGCCGCGGAGCAACGGCCGAAAGGUCAACAAAGCGACGCCGAGAAAACCAGUCUUUCUGGGCACCGAACGCCCUCUCCAAACAAAGAAUAAAGAGGCUGUGGAUAGUGACAAUAGUAACCACGGUGACGGCGAUGACGAAAUUCCCACAAUGACCAGGCGUCCACUGCCCCGUGGCCGGGCAAGGAAGAGAGUCAUUGCUGUUGAUGACAGAGAGACUGAUUUGGCAUUCAAGACUCCGAGCAGACCCACCAUGCGUCGUGAGCGCGUACUGUCGGAGAUCGACCCAGUGUCUCCUCACAAUACGACAUCCCGAAACAUCUACUCGCCCAUUGUGCGUUUCCUCACACCCACUAAAGAGAAUGUGAAGCGUGCUGGAAACAACGUGUUGCUGAGCCCCGAACAAGGCGUGUUUGGUUUUGCUGCCAUCGACCUUCUCGUUGGAGAAGAGGAUGACGAUAUCUUCAAUCCCUUUGUAUUCAUCAAAAACAUACCGUCGCAGUCGCAGCACACUCAGCCCCAACUCCGAGACAUUCCCCCCAAGACCAGGAGCACCCCGGAGGCCACGUUGGUGAUUGACCUGGAGGAGACCCUGAUGUUCAGCUCUCUGAAUGUGAUCGAGGAAGCAGAGUACACGUUCCACACAGCGUUCCAGGACCACGAGUACAAGGUGUACGUGAUCCUACGGCCACAUGUCAAAGAGUUCCUGCAGUCAAUGGCAAGAGUCUAUGAGCUGUUUGUUUACACAUGUGCCAAGAAGGAAUAUGCAGAGAAGAUACUGGAUAUUCUGGAUCCCCAGAAAAAGCUUUUUCGACAUCGCCUGUAUCAGGACGACUGCGCCUGCGUUCUUGGCCACUACAUCAAAGAUCUCAGCAUCCUCGGGAGGGAUCUUGCCCAGACGGUUGUCCUGGACAACGCACCUCACACAUACCCGUACCAUCUGAUGAACACCAUUCCAAUCAAGAGCUGGUCCGGAGAGUCGGAGGACCGAGAACUCCAGAAGCUCGUCCCCUACAUGGAGAAGCUGUCUGCAGCGGAGGAUUUUCGGGAGGAGCUUAAGAAGAGGAAGGAUCACUUCCACAGGCUGCUGUCAGAGGACUAACGGACCCCCCCCCCCCCCCCCGCUUCCUCGCUUUAACUGCUUUGUAACUUUCAUGGCUCAUGUUUUCCUUAUGCUUUGGCCAGAAUCAGCAUCCUGUGAGAACUAGCUAACCUUUUGGUGGCGGACCUGCUGUCCCUCCUCUCUCUUAGAUCGUCUUCAAAAGACGACACGUCGGUAUUUCAGACAUACUGCCGGUCGUUUGUUACCAAAACCCAUUUCGUCCAAGACUCAUCGCACAGGUUAAUAAACUGUGGUCCAGGGUUUGUUUAUAUUCACAUGAAAAAAAUAUGUUUAUAGGCAUAAUCUAUUAAUUUAUUGAUUCUAUUGCUCUUCAACUGCUGUUAAUCUCUUUAUAUUUUAGAUUUGCUGUCUUUGUAUGCAAUAAAAUCACUGAUAUAAAAUAAUUAAGCAUAGAUAAUUUUUGUGGCAUGUAUGCUCUUUCCGUUGAGGGAAAUAGUAAUUGAUUAAAAUUGCAUUUUCAUAAGA